UGCGCACAAAACUGUUCCGUUGGCUGUCAAAUCAGAACAGUUUUCUUCUAUACAGAGACCAAACAGAGCGCAGUGAGCGGCGGAUAUCUUCUUAAAUAAUUCCUGGCCUUAAGGAAAAUAACAUACUGGGAACUUCUGGAGUUUGAAAACAACGAAAAAUGACUUUGACGAGCCGUUUUCGGAGACCAGAGAGGCGUGGGUACAAAUGUGAGCACUACCGUCGUGACCAGACACGCUAACUAGCCCCUACUGACGCCUGCUUAAAGAUUUGGACCUUUAAAAGUUGGGACCAAUCUUCAAGAAAACUUCUAUUUUAAGUUUUUAAAAAACAUUUCAGCAAUAAUAACUGAUUACCCGAAGCCACUAACUAUGGUAGUUACUCUACCGUGUGGUGUAGACUAGAACCGGAGGUAAACAGGAUUCAGAGGAGCUGGACAGGUAGCGACUCCUGUUGCGAUGGGCAACCGCGGGAUGGAGGAUCUGAUCCCGCUGGUCAACCGUCUUCAAGAUGCCCUGAGCAGCGUGGGGGAGAGCUGCAACCUCCACCUGCCCCAGAUUGCUGUGGUGGGCGGCCAGAGCGCAGGCAAGAGCUCCGUGCUGGAAAAUUUUGUGGGCAGAGACUUUCUUCCGCGGGGUACGGGAAUUGUGACUCGCAGACCUUUAAUUCUCCAGUUGCUGAGUGAUAACACAGAGUAUGGUGAAUUUCUGCAUUGUCAGGGAAAGAAGUUUACAGAUUUUGAUGAGAUCCGCAAAGAAAUCGAGGCAGAGACACGCAGACUUACAGGAUCUAAUAAAGCCAUCUCUCCUGUUCCCAUCCACCUACGAAUCCACUCACCACACGUGUUGAACCUGACUCUUGUAGACCUGCCUGGCAUCACCAAAGUCCCUGUAGGUGAUCAGCCCACAGAUAUAGAGUACCAGAUACGAGAUAUGAUCAUGCAGUACAUCUGUAAGGAAAACUGUCUCAUCCUGGCCGUCACACCUGCCAACACUGACCUGGCUAACUCUGAUGCACUUAAAUUGGCCAAAGAUGUUGAUCCUCAAGGUCUGCGCACAAUAGGUGUAAUCACAAAGCUGGACCUGAUGGAUGAAGGAACAAAUGCCAGACAGAUACUAGAGAACAAGUUGCUUCCCCUCCGCAGAGGUUACAUAGGGGUGGUGAACCGCAGUCAGAAGGACAUUGAUGGGAAAAAAGACAUCCAGGAAUCUUUGAAAGCAGAGAAGAAGUUCUUCCUGUCCCACCCAGCCUAUAAACACAUGGCUGAAAAAAUGGGCACCCCUUAUUUACAAAGAAUACUAAACCAGCAACUGACAAACCACAUCCGGGACACACUACCAGCCUUCCGUAGUCAUCUGCAGAGCCAGUUCCUGGCCUUGAAGAAAGAAGCUGAAGAUUACUUGCAUUAUAAUCCAGAUGACCCUACACGCAGGACCAAGACACUCCUACAAUUAGUUCAACAUUUUGCUGUUGACUUUGAGAAGCUGAUUGAGGGCUCAGGUGACAAAGUAGACACCGUCAACCUGUCAGGAGGAGCUAGGAUCAAUCGAAUCUUCCAUGAGCGUUUCCCCUAUGAACUAAUCAAGAUGGAGUCUGAUGAAGGGAAGCUGCGGAAGGAAAUCAACUAUGCCAUUAGAAACACCCAUGGUGUCAGGACAGGCUUGUUCACGCCUGACACCGCCUUUGAAGCCAUAGUGAAGAAACAGAUAUCAAGGCUAAAAGAACCGUGUAUUAAAUUUAUCGACAUGGUCAGUAAAGAACUCACCACCACUGUGUGCCAGUGUAUCGACAAGCUCAGUUCCUUUCCCAAGCUGCGAGAUGAGACAGAGAAAAUUGUAACCACUGAAAUUCAAGAACUGGAGAGUAGAUGCAGAGACCAGGUCUUGUUGCUUAUUGACAUACAGCUAGCCUACAUAAAUACCAAACAUGAAGACUUUGUUGGCUUCACUAAUUCCCCUCUGAUGCACAAUCACCGCAAUAUGAAGAAGGCUGCAGGGAUGUCGGGAAACCAGGGUGUGGCCCCUCCUUCAAGUCUAAUAGUCAUACGCAAGGGCUGGCUGACCAUCAGCAACAUCGGCAUCAUGAAAGGUGGGGCCAAGGAAUAUUGGUUCAUCCUUUCUGCAGAGAGCCUCUCCUGGUUCAAGGAUGAUGAGGAGAAGGAAAAGAAGUACAUGCUUCCACUGGACAACUUAAAGCUCAGAGAUGUGGAAAAGGGCUUCAUGUCCAGCAAAUAUGUUUUUGCUAUCUUCAACACGGAGUUAAGGAAUGUGUAUAAGGACUACAAAUGCCUGGAGUUGGCCUGUAACUCUCAAGAGGAGUUGGACAGCUGGAAGGCUUCUCUGCUACGGGCCGGAGUCUACCCUGAGAAAGUUGCUGUGGAUGAGCAGGGAAAUGGGCCUUCUGAAAACUUCUCAGACCCCCAGUUGGAGCGUCAAGUGGAGACCAUCAGUAACCUGGUUGAUUCCUACAUGAGUAUCAUCUAUAAGACGAUCAGGGACUUAAUGCCAAAGACCAUGAUGCACAUCAUGAUCAACAGUGUUAGGGAGUUCAUUAGCUCCGAGCUCCUGGCCCAACUCUACGCUCUGGGAGAAUGCUCAGCACUCAUGGAUGAGUCACCAGAGCAGCAGCAGCACCGGGAAGAAGUGCUCCGCAAACAUGCUGCCCUGAAGGAGGCGCUCGCCGUCAUCGGAGAGAUCUCCACCUCUACCUGCACUACCCCCUUGCCUCCACCUGUGGAUUCUUCCUGGAUACAACCCUCCAACCCCCCUAACAACUCUGUAGCCAGUGGUAAGGCAGUGAUACGUGGCCAUGCUCCACCUGUUCCUCGGGCGCUAGGCGCUGGACCCAAAGGCUCCCCUAACGGCUCUCGGCACCUCACUGGUCAACAAAACCGUACCCCAGCCUUGGUGCCAAGGAGGCUUCCCCCAGCAAUCCCCAGUGUGAAAUAAGCUCCCCUGUGCUUUUAACUCCAUUACCCAUCUGCCCCCAUGGUCCUUCCAGCUGCAGCUGACUGCUACCCAGAGACACUCCUGACCUGCAUGAUGUGUAAUCCAGCUGAAGCACGAUGAUGGGCUUCUCUCUGUCUCCUCCGGGAGCUGCUGUCUGCAAAAUUUAAUCUGUCCUCAACCUGUUUUGUACAUAAUAUCAUUGGCCACAAUCGCUGGAAUGUGCACAACUGUCUGCUGACUUCUCUCAAGUGCCUGAACUUUUUGUAAAUAAAAAUAUCAAUUUGAAUUAUUAUACUGAAAAGAAUAUACAUGCACUGUUUCUGUUGUUUGUGAAUAAACUGGUAUUUUAUUUUUGAA